AUGACAACUUCGCAAACCAGUCCUAGCACUACUCAUGAGGAUUCACCCCAACUUGAUGUUACCACGGCCCAAGAGGUUGAUUCUGCUCCAGAAAACGAGGAUCAAGGAUUACUAGUCAGUCAACCACAACAAGACAACAGUGACACUGAUAAGAGUAGUAUAGUGGCAAAGUUCAUGGGUUGUAUAGAGACCCUUAAGAAGGAGAAUGGGAACCUUAUCUUGACUAUACUCAAGCAUGUGGAAGAAUACCGUAGAGCUGAUUUUGUCACUGCGGACCAUAAUAUUCAAUUUCUGCAAUUGCAUCAGGACGACAACUUGGUGCUGGAUUCGUUGCCCUCUGGAGUUAUCAACGACCUUGGUAAAAGCAUAAGGCUGAUGGUGGCAGCAGGGUUAGAGAAUGCAUGUUUACUCGUGUACAGAACUUGUCGGAGGGAGUUUCUGAAUGAGAUUCUGUCCGCGUUGAAAGAGCUCAACAUGGAGGACAUUAACGAAGUGGCAAAGAUGCGACAUACCAUAAAAGCUCUGUUGGUAGCUAAUAGGAUAGUAUUACCCAAUGAAAGGAGGCUCUAUGAAAGAGUCUUUCAUUCGUUCGUUCAUCGUCAGGCUGUGUCCCGUUCAUCACCCGAAGAAGAUACGGUAACUUCGUCCAAGAUUGAGAUCUUGUUACAUCUUAAUUAUGGUAUUAAGGAGAAAUCCAUUGUUCCCAGCAGCAGGAUUCAUUGGAUUACCUUGUUAGAAUUAAUUUAA